GGAGCGAAGUGUCCGCGGCUGUUAGCUAGGAGAGGAGAAAAUGACAACAACAUGCCGCAGCAGAUUCAGACGCUCGCCUUUUCCUUUAUCACACUCGCACUGUCGAUUGUCGCCACACUGGUCUGUUUGAACGAGAAAGGUAAACGGAAGGAAGUGUUGUGACAAGUUUGCUUCUCCUACUAGUUAUAACGUCAGCGUGCAGCCCUGACGACCUGUCCAUGUUGGUCGAGGAGUUGACGGGGUAAAGCCCCAGUUUGAUUUGUUGUCACUGGUCUUUAGGACCCCGCGGACACCGAGGCUGGGCGGGGGAGCGGGGGAAAGGUGAAGUUAACCCCGCACAGCGCUGAUCAGGGGUCAGUUUUCAUAUGUACCCGGUUGAAGGUUAACGGUGUGAGAGCAGCUCAAGAAGCCGACACCCGGUCAGUCAGUGUCAAAGCACCAUGCGACGUGUUCAGCCAACGACAUACAAAAAGGGGACAAAAAUAAGACGAAUGUGUUUUAGCUAGCAAACAGAGAGUUGGUGUGCGCCGGUUAUUGGAAUGGUUCCCAUGGUGGGAACUAUAAUUACUACCCCGGUCAAGUCCUUGUGCGCUGCCCGGCCGCGCAGUUGUCGUUGUUGACGUUGUUCGGGACAGCGGCCGCCCCGCGGCUCCGAUGCAGCUGAGAGCAAGCGUCCACACGUCCAUCAUAAUCCGCCGUGUCAACGUCUCCACCCGACCCCCCCGCCCGCCCGCGCGCGGUGGACGUCGCCCGGAUCGAACCCGUCCGUCUGCGCCAUGCAGGUGAACACGACGCGGGGCUUCCUGUGGUCGGACGUGGAGACGCGGACCUUGUUGAACAUCUGGGGGGAGCAGGACAUCCAGACGGCGCUGGAUGGAAACUUCCGAAACAGCUUCGUGUACCGCGACGUCUCCCGGCGGCUGGGGGCGAUGGGGUUCGAGCGGACGCCGGAACAAUGCCGGGUGCGGAUCAAGAGCCUCAAGAGACAGUACCUGCUGGCGAAGGAGGGAAACCUGCGCAACAACGGGCAGUACCAUAAGAUAUGCAAGUUCUACGACAUCAUGGAGAUGAUUCUGAGCAACCGGCCCGCCCUUGACCCCCAGGAGUUCAUUGACGGCGGGGCGGGAGGAGAGGAGGCCGUGGACGGCCUGGAGGAGGAUGGAGAGGAUGCUCAGGACGCGUACUCCGAGGGCACUGGGGAGUGUCCUUACCCUGCAGAGACUGAAGUGAAGCUGGAAUACCCGACAAUUCCCAUCCCGAUUCCAGUUAAAGUGACAGUGGGAAAUAACAGCACUUCAGUCAGAACACACAACAGCAGCCAGUCGGCCACCAGUGUGUCAGCCAGAGCACCUAAGCGUCCGAGGAAGCGGCGCGCUAACUUCCCCAUGGAGAAACUCAUGGAGCAGUUCCUGGAGCAGAGCGUCCAGGCCGAGGACAACUUCUACCGCAUGGAGGAGCAGCGCCUGCAGGCGGAAGACCGCCGCAGGGAGGCCGAACACGCCCGGGAGCUGCACAUGCUUCAGAUGCUCGGCCAGAUGUUCUCCAGCAUCUCCUCCUCCUCCUCCUCCACCACAUCCGGCCCUGCAGCCACUCCGUCCAAGACAGCUCUUUCUGCCCGCGCGCCGGUCCCCUCCAGUGCCUCCCCGUCGUGCACACGCGGCCAGUCCGGUCAUCUCAGACGACCUUCGCCACCGACAGACUGUUUCCUCCAACAGAGUCGACUGUUGGACCCAGAUCCCCGGGCUUUAGUGUUUGAACGCUACUACAGCUCGGGGUCGACGUCACACAGCAGCAUGGAUGAUGACAUCCUCUCACUAGUAAAGAGCAUAGUCCCUCCACUGACGUCCAAAAAGCACAAAGGACAAGAUGGACGUAUUGGAAUCAUUGGAGGGUGCCAAGACUACACAGGAGCGCCAUACUUUGCUGCCAUCUCUGCUUUGAAAGUGGGGGCCGACUUAUCUCAUGUGUUCUGCACCAAAGAUGCUGCGACUGUCAUCAAAUCAUACAGCCCCGAGCUCAUAGUUCAUCCUGUUCUGGACAGUCCUAAUGCUGUGGAAGAGAUUGAAAAAUGGCUUCCGAGACUGCAUGGCCUUGUGGUGGGACCAGGUCUAGGGAGAGAAGACUUUUUAUUGAAAACGGCCAAGGAGGUGAUAGAGAAGUCUAAAACCAGAGAUAUCCCUAUAGUCAUUGAUGCGGACGGAUUAUGGCUAGUUACACAGCAUCCAUCUGUUAUUCACGGGUACCAGAAGGGUAUCCUCACGCCUAACUUCAUGGAGUUCACCCGGCUAUAUGAGGCACUGCACCAUGAACCCAUGGACAGCAGUGAUCAUCAACGCAGCGUCCUGCAGCUCAGCGUAGCCAUGGGCAACCUCACUGUGGUGCUAAAAGGAGAACAGGAUCUUAUUACAGAUGGAAGUAAAGUGAUCUCGUGCAGUGUUGAGGGCAGUGGGAGAAGAUGUGGCGGACAGGGUGAUCUCCUGUCUGGAUCUAUGGGAGUGCUGGCUCACUGGGCCCAUGCUGCCUCUGCAGCUGGAGUGGUCAGAAGUGUGAAUCCGUCAGUGGUUGCGGCAUUCGGGGCUUGUUCGCUCACCAGACAGUGCAACAGUCAAGCCUUCCAGCGGCAUGGCAGGUCCACCACCACCUCGGACAUGAUCCAGGAGAUCGGCUCAGCCUUUAAAAAGCUUUUUGAAAGCUGAAAACAACCAACAACAAUGGGAAAAAAAAAAGUGUUCAAAAAAAGCUAUUCAUACAAACACAACUUUGCUUUCAUUAAAACUGGUAAUGGAGGGAGAACGUUCUCCUCUAGUAAUAUUUGAAUGAAGGUUAGUGAGGUGUGGACCAUCUCCUGUGGAAAUGAUCUGGUGCAGAAUCAUACAAGCCUGAGGUUCAUUAAAUUGACAUUUUUUUUUACAGGAAAACCAACAAACACUGUCUUCCGUCUCUCAAGAAGUACUACAAUGCAUUCACCAAACAUUAGAAUUUUGAAAUAAAUAAAUAAAUAGA